AUGGCAAAGGAUAAGAAGAAAGAUGGCAAGAAGGCAGAGAAGUCUGUACGUCCUCCUAUGCCUACACAAGAUAUUACAGCUGAGAGUAGUUCAACAAAGCUGACAGAUUUGCAGACCUUAGUGAAUGGAGUGGAAGAAACACAGGCAAAUUCAGUGACAUCAGAUAAAGAACCAGAGGAGGUAGAGGAACCUCCAGUGCAAGAUGUUCCUCAAUACUACGAGGAGCCUGUUCUUACUCAAGUUAUUGUUAAAAGCUAUGAAGGUGAAAAAGUCCAUGGAUUGUAUGAGGGUGAAGGAUUUGCAUAUUUUGAGGGGGGAAAUACAUAUAAGGGCAUGUUUUCUGAAGGGCUUAUGCACGGACAAGGGACUUACACGUGGGCUGAUGGAGUGAAGUACGAGGGAACAUUUGUUAAGAAUGUGCAGAUGUUCAAUGGCCGUUAUACAUGGAAUGAUGGCAGCGUUUAUGAAGGAUCAAUCAAGAAUGGACUUAGGCAUGGAUUUGGAUUUUUCAACAGUGGUACUCGUCCUGUUUCUUACAUUGGCUAUUGGUAUAAAGGCAAAAGACAUGGGAAGGGUACCAUUUAUUAUGAUCAGGAACAUACCUCUUGGUAUUCAGGCGACUGGGUAAAUAAUGUCAAAGAAGGAUGGGGAAUGAGAUGCUAUAAGUCUGGAAAUAUCUAUGAAGGUCAGUGGGAGAAAAAUGUACGUCAUGGAAAAGGAAGAAUGAGAUGGUUGACAGCUAAUCAAGAGUAUAUGGGACAGUGGCUGUAUGGCAUACAGCAUGGAUAUGGCACCCACAUAUGGUUUUUGAAGAGAAUGACUGCGUCUCAGUAUCCUUUAAGGAAUGAAUACAUAGGUGAUUUUGUAAAUGGGGAACGACAUGGACACGGGAAGUUCAUAUAUGCCAGUGGAGCAGUGUACGAUGGUGAAUGGGUUUGUAGUAAGAAGCAUGGCAAGGGCAAGUUUGUCUUCAAGAACGGUCGUGUUUAUGAAGGAGAGUUCAUAGAUGAUCAUAUGGUAGAAUAUCCUGCUUUUCGAGUGGAUGCAAUGAAUGCAAAAGAGCUGAAUGCCAUUUGCACAGGAAGCCAUUUUGGCACUGAAAACGUCACAAUCAUUAAUGGCUCAGAAAAUACUUCUAUUCUGGGAUCAGAUAUUGAGUUGGAUGUAUCUUCACUGCUUGACUUGUUCCCAAGGGAAGAGAGACAUGAAGAAGUGAAACAAGUAGAAUUUGCUGUGUUGAGGCAUAUUACAGAACUGAGAAGAGUUUACACCUUCUACAGCGGCUUAGGCUGUGAUCAUUCUCUUGACAACACCUUCCUCAUGACUAAGCUCCAGUUCUGGAGAUUUCUGAAGGACUGCCAGUUUCAUCACUCCAACAUAACUCUUGCCGAAAUGGAUCGGAUAUUGAGUGGUGAUAAAACACCACUUGAGGAGAUACAUUGUCCACAUGGGACUUUACUGUUCAGAACAUUUUUAUCUUACCUUAUUCGUCUAGCAUUUCAUAUCUAUCAUGAAGAGCACAAGGAGAAAGGUCCUUAUCUGCAUAAGUGUUUCUUAGAAAUGAUGUCCAGGAAUGUUACUCCCGCUGCCUGUCGUAUUCAAGGUAUCUUAUUUUCUGAAGAACGAUGUACAGUUUUUGCCAUGAGCUACAUCAACAAAUGCUGGGAAAUAUACAGAGCUUUUCGUAGACCGAGUACCAGACCUCCAUUUGAACCCACAAUGAAAAUGAGGCACUUCCUUUGGAUGUUGAAUGAUUUUAAACUUCUCAGCAAACAAUUAACUGCUUCAAGACUUGUGGAAAUACUUCUCAAAGAUGGUCCCUCUCCACAUGAUAGCAGUAGUACCAACCUGGAGCAGGAGUUGGUUUUUCUUGAAUUUGUUGAAGCUCUUCUUGAUUGUGCAUUGGUGUAUGUUACCAGUGAUAUGAUUAAGGAGCAAGUAGAUGGUGCUAAUCAGAAAAGAAGUAGCUUUAGAAUCGAGGGUCUCUCCGAGGGAACCACAAAUGUGUCUCUGUACCCAGAAUAUUCUCUGUCCCAGCCACUGAGACCUUGUGAAGACAGAGGGCAUCCUCCUCUUCAACAAUUUCUACUGGAUACUGUCCUCUCAUUUCACACAGCUUAUGGCGAUAUCAAAGAUGAUCCGUCAUUGUUCAGCUGGGAUGCAGAAGAACAACAAGAUUUCUGUCCAGCAAAGGAAUUGACAGAUGAACCAAAAGAAGCCAAAACUGAACAAGAUGAGGAAUUUAGUCUGUGGAUGUGUCAGAUGCAAAUCUUUUUUACAGCUAAAUUCUUUCCUGCCUACCAGCAUGAAAAAGUGCUGAAGGAAAAAAUAAAAGAAAAUCGGAUAAGGGAUGCUGAAUUAGCUGAGCUGAGAAAGAUGAAGGAUGAGGAGCUGGCAAAAUUUAUUGCUGGGAGAGAAGCAGAAGAGGCAAAAAAGCAAGAAGCAGCUGCAGCAGAAAAAACAUUUGACUCCAGGAGUGCAGAUUUUAAGGAGUUAGAGGAGCCUGUCACACAGUUAGUACCCCCUCCAAAGGAAGAGGCACCCACUGUAGCACCCCCAGUUGUUACCAAGGUGCCUGCUGGCAAAAAGAGAAAGAAGAAAUAA